AUGCUAAAUCAGGGAAUGCCUUCUGUUUAUAAGUUUCGAAGUGGGCACAUGCCCUCUGGAAUAAAAACGACAGGUAAUCCAGCCUCAAGAUAUCACUUGUGUGAAUCAGACAUGGACACUUGCUCGGAUUCCGAGGAUGAUGGUGCCCGUUACUCUCUCGAGGCAUCGCCUCAGGAUGAUAAAGUUACCAGUGGUGGCACAAAACUAAGUUACUCGCGAACUGGGAGCAGCAACAAUGGGCUUGUUUUAGAGAGGAAGUUCAAGAUUCAGGCAAAUUUCGAGACUUUGCAACGGAGUGAGUUAAAUGCUGGUAUACCGAGUGCACCGCCAUUGGGUGGCUCAUGGGAUCGAGCUUUCAGUGAACUUUCUGCUUCGAAAGCUAAUGUUAAACCUUCAUUGGCAACUGCCAGUGCAACUGCAGUUGAACCAAAUGCUUGCAAGGGGACAAAUAUUGGUGCUACUGAAUUUAAUGCUUCUGAUGUGUCCACAAGGACUGCUGCAGCAUCCUCUAAUCCAUUGCACAAUACUCGAUAUCCUACAUUCCAUGCAAGUGGGUUAGGUCACUGGUGUGGUGUCAUCGCGUAUGAUGCUUGUGUUCGGUUAUGCCUUCACUCGUGGUCAAGGGAUGGGCGUAAGGAAGCUCCUGCAUUUUUGGCGAACGAGUGUGCUCUUCUGAGGGAUGCAUUUGGGCUCAGGAACAUAUUGUUGCAGGCAGAGGAAGAGCUCUUAAGAAAACAGUCUCCAGAGCUUGUUGGUGAAGGAGUUUCUGUAAAGACUAAGAAGACCAUUGGCAAGAUCAAAAUUCUAGUGAGGAAAGUGAAAAUGGGGUUCGAACCACCCACAGGAUGCACAUUUAAAUAUUUAAAGUCUGCAUCAGUUGUGAAGAUGGAAACAUUUCAGCAUAAAUUAUCCAAUGUGAAAUCAAUUGUUUCCUCCGAGAUGAAAGCACUAAAAAGAGAACGUGUGGCACCAACUGUUGUUGUGGAUGGCUCUUUAUUCCAACAGAGUUUGGCAUAUAUUACUGUUGGAACUCGUCGGUACUUAAAAGAAGUUCCUGAGCUCAUUAAAGCUGGUUUCAAGGCAUUCAGAAGCAGUUCAUCAUCAUCUGAAGAAGUACAAGAAUCAUAUUCUUGUACGUUGAGGCUAAAAAGCUCUCCAGAAGAGGAUGCGGUUAGAAUACAACCAGGAUCGGAUGAAAGUCGCGUAUUCUUGCCAGAAGGAUUUGGAGAUGAUCUGGUGAUUGAAAUACACGAUUCAAAGGGAAGGCGAUGUGGCCAAGCUUUACUUCAGGUGGCCGAUAUUGCUGAUGAACUGAGGGAGAAGCUUCGUUCGUGCUAUAUAUACCGUGAACCGGAGCAUGAGCAAGUUGGGAGAGUACAACUCCAUGUUAGUUAUUCAACUACACUGGAUGAAAACAGUCAGAAGUGUAUGUCUGUUGCCGAGACAAUUGCAUAUGACUGUGUACUGGAGACUGCACUGAAGAUCGAACAGUUUCAACAAAGAAAACUGAAUCUUACUGGUGAUUGGGCUUGGCUAGUGAAGGAAUUCGCUGCCCAUUAUGGAGUUUCGGAUGUGUACACAAAAUUAAGAUAUCUUUCAUAUGUUAUGGACGUUGCCACGCCUACUGCUGACUGUCUGCACUUGGUGCAUGAGUUGCUUCAGCCUGUUGUAAUUAAGGGCAAAUCCAAACAAUUAAGUCACCAAGAGAAUGCCACAAAAAAGAGAUCGAGAAGGCACUUGUCUGAAACGGACGAAUAUGUGUCGAACAACACGGAGAAUGUAGUGAUGGACCGGAUGGCUCUUUUAACUGCUUAUAGGAAGAUGAAAUCACUUUGUCUAAACAUACAAAAUGAGAUCUUGACCGAUAUCGAAAUCCACAAGCAGGAUAUUCUUCCUAGUUUCUUAGACCUUCCAAACCUUUCAUCAUCGAUAUACAGCACGGAGCUGUGCAGUCGAUUACGGGCAUUCCUUGUUUCGUGUCCUCCAGCGGGACCCACGCCUCCUGUGGUUGAGCUUGUCCUGGCCACUGCUGAUUUUCAGAGGGAUCUUGCCUUUUGGAAUAUUAGUUCUAUCAAAGGUGGGGUUGAAGCAAAAGAAUUGUUCCACACAUACAUCACACGCUGGAUUCAAGAUAAACGUCUAGCUCUGCUCGAGUUUUGCAAGGUUGACAAGACAAAGCCUUCGAGCUUACCUUCACAACAUUCGACAGCUUCCUUCGUUAAUGAUAUCUAUGGCCAGAUAAAGGAUACACUUGCUGAGUAUGAUAUCAUCAUAAGUCGGUGGCCAGAAUAUACUUUCACAUUGGAAAAUGCCAUAGCAGAUGUUGAGAAAGCUGUAAUCGAAAGCUUAGAGAGGCAAAAUGUUGAAGUUUUAUCUCCACUGAAAGACACUACCCCAAUCAAAUUGGGACUCAAAUAUGUACAGAAAUUCACAAAGGGGCAUAAUGUUCCUUACAAUGUGUCCCCUGAGUUGGGAGUACAUUUAAAUUCCAUGAAAAAAAUGCUCGAUACCUUAAGGCCCCAGAUAGAAGCACAGUUGAAGUUGUGGGGUUCGUGCAUACCUGAAAGUGAGAAUAUGCUUCCUGGAGAGUGUUUAAGUGAAGUAACUGUGAUGAUUAGAUCGAAAUUCAGAGCUUAUGUGCAAGCGGUUGUUGAUAAACUUGUUGAAAAUACAAAGUUGCAUAAUGGUACGAAGCUGAAAAAGAUAAUACAAGAUGCCAAGGAAAAUGAAACAGAGUCUGAUUUUCGGGGGAGAAUGCAGCCAUUGAAGGAGUUACUGUCAAAUACUAUUGAUCAAUUGCAUGCCAUUUUUGAUACUCAGGUGUUUGUGGUUGUUUCCAGAGUUUUCUGGGAUCGGAUGGGCCAGGAUGUGCUGAAGUUUUUGGAAGACCGGAAAGAAAAUAGAGCUUGGUACAAAGCUUCCAGAUUCGCUGUUAAUGUGUUAGACGACACAUUUGCUUCUCAAAUGCAGCACGUGCUCGGGAAUGGCAUGCAAGAGAAAGACCUCGAACCUCCACGAAGCAUAAUGGAGGUUCAAUCGAUGCUGUGUAAAGACACUGUAAACCAGAAAGACAACAAUUACUAUUUUUAGUUUUAGAAUUUUUGUCCCUAUUUUGCCCAAUUUUGAGCCUCUGAGUCGAGUAUAUGAGGUAUAGCAUUAGUGUAACUGAUGUAGAAAAAAGCCAACGCCUUCUUGGCUUCAAUUGUAUGUCUAUUUAUAUUUAUAUAUAUUAUAAAGUGAAAGUUUGUAUCUACCACGAUGUGUGAUUUUCUGGUGAUGAUUAGUUCAACUUGCCCUUAAACUUUUGACCGGUAGCCAGUCGUCGGGCCACCGGCCGAUAUUUCCACACGAUCGCGGGACUGUAAAUUUUUUUUUAAUCUUUUAGAUAUUUUAUUUA